AGUUAUCGAUUCGCAUUUACCAUCACUAUAGAUUCACGAAUUUCUUGCAAAAUUUAUUCGCUUUUUUUUUUUAAGAAAAUCGUUUAUGUGUGCAAAUUAUUAUAUAUUUAAUUGACAUGCGCUAGAUAAAGCUUUGAUCACAAAACUUCGCUGUUCAGGGAGACAAGGGCAAACAAGCGUAGAAACAACAACUGGUUCUUGUGACUUUGAAAAGUAGAUCGUCAAGGUGUCUGCAUACGAAAGCAUGGAUUUACAGCAUAUGGAGAAUGGCCUCAGCGGCAGUGGUGGAGGCGGAGGAGGAGGUGGCGGUAGCAGUAGUGGAGGGGGCCUCAGUGAGAUUGACUUUCAGCGAUUGGCCCAAAUAAUCGCGUCAAGCAUACAAAAAGUCCAACAAAAUGUGUCCACUAUGCAACGUAUGGUUAAUCAGUUGAACACGCCACAGGAUUCGCCCGAAUUGAAAAAGAAACUUCAUCAGUUAAUGACCUACACCAAGCAACUGGUGACCGAUACAAACAAUCAGCUGAAGGAGGUGGACAAGUGCAAGGAGCGACAUUUGAAAAUACAACGCGAUCGUUUGGUGGAUGAGUUCACUGCUGCUCUGACCGCUUUUCAGGCCAUACAACGCAAAACGGCUGAUAUUGAGCGUAGUGCUUUGCAUCAGGCGCGCGCCAAUAAUUUCAGCAUUGCACAUCCGCCCGGCUCGACGCGGAGCAGCAGCACCACCAAUGGCAGCAGCGCUGAAAAUGGUUCCUUUUUUGAGGAUAACUUUUUUAAUCGCAAAUCAAAUCAGCAGCAGCAACAGCAGCAAUUGCAAACGCAAAUGCAAGAGGAAGUGGACCUACAAGCACUUGAGGAACAGGAGCGUGCCAUCCGCGAGCUAGAAAACAAUAUUGUGGGUGUCAACGAGAUAUACAAGAAUCUAGGCGCUAUGGUCUACGAGCAAGGCGUAACUGUCGACUCCAUUGAGUCGCAGGUGGAGCAAACAAGCAUUUUCGUCUCACAGGGCACAGAGAAUUUGCGCAAGGCUAGUUCUUAUAGGAACAAAGUGCGAAAGAAGAAACUUAUACUGGUUGCCAUCCUAAGCGCUGUACUAUUGGCCGUCAUAUUGAUACUCGUGUUUCAAUUCAAGAACUAAACAUUCGGACCCAGCAACUAGCAAGCAUCUGCAAAUCUAAUAUAAAAAGAAAAACUAGUUAAUUGUUGUGAAAAAGACAAGAGUUGCCGCAUGCAGGCCCCCUAAUCAUAAUUUAGAUGCAUUUGUGGCUUUAAUACUACAAUUUAACUUUCACAAAAUAAUUGGCGAAGAACGGCAAAGUCGUAAAAAAUUGUCUACUUAUGUUGCAUGUAUCGAAAAGUAGUUACAAAAAUCACAGUAAAGCGGCGCUUAUACACACAUAUAUACACACACAUAUAUAUAUAAGCAUCCAUAUGUUAUAAAUACUUAUUCUUAUAUUUUUAUUAUAUAUAUGAAUAUAUGUAUUAUGUUUUUAAAUAAUGCACUUUGUAUUCGCGCAUUCUCAAAAUUUGUUAGCUGCAAUUCCUAAUUCCGUUUCCAAACUGAUUUGCCAGCGCUUUGUAAUGUAUUUAAUUUUAAGAGGAAGGCAUCAAAAAAGUAUAGUAUACAUAUAUAUAUAUAUAUACAUAUAUGCGAUGGUAUAUGAUAAUACACAUUAAAAAUAAAAUUAACGAAAAAUCUGUAAGAUCAAUGCAGUCGAAAAUCAUUACACAAA